AGCUCAUUCCCUGUUCGGAGAGUUCGUGUGAAGGCCAGACCCUCCCUCCCCUUCCUCCUCUCCGGCCGCACCCCAACCGCCGCCGCCGCCAUGGUGAAGUACUCGAGGGAUCCGGCCAACCCGACCAAGUCGGCCAAGGCCUGUGGCAAGGAUCUCAGGGUCCACUUCAAGAACACACGUGAGACAGCGUUUGCCCUUCGCAAGAUGCCUUUGAACAAGGCUAAGAGGUACCUUGAGGAUGUUUUGGCCCACAAGCAAGCUAUUCCCUUCAGGAGGUACUGUAGAGGUGUUGGCCGUACCGCACAAGCAAAGAAUCGCCAGCCAAAUGGACAGGGUCGCUGGCCUGCAAAGUCAGCCCAGUUCGUGUUGGAUUUGCUGAAGAAUGCUGAGAGUAACGCUGAGGUUAAAGGCUUGGAUGUCGACAGCCUCUACAUUUCGCACAUCCAGGUUAACCAAGCCAUGAAGCAGAGGCGGCGUACAUACCGUGCUCACGGACGCAUUAAUCCUUACAUGUCAAACCCCUGCCACAUCGAGCUGAUCUUGUCAGAGAAGGAAGAGCCCGUGAAGAAGGAGCCUGACAAUGUCAUUGCACCAAGGAAAGCUGUUUAAGCCCAUGGAGUGACCUCAGUAUCUGUCCAAGAAUCGUAGCUAUAGUUCUUUCCAAGAACCUUUAUGCCAGUGUUGCAUCCUUUGUUUUUGAUACCAAUGUUGAGUCAGGAUUUGUUAAGGUUGAUGCUAUCCUUGUGGUCUCGAAUGGUCGUUAUAUGCUAAAACAGUUUCAUGCAUUUGAGCAGUGCCUAUCUGAACUUAUUUGCCACA